ACUUUGUGGUGUGUAUGGUAUAUAACCUUGUGCCGGUGUUUCUUUGUUUUCUUAGUGGAUACAUAACGGUUUGGAUACACACACCUUUCUCUGCACUGUGCUACCUCAAUAAAGGAAAUGAAUAAUCUGAAAACAACAUACAGGAUGCCAUGGAAUAUGGCUCCCGAUGAUGCAUCUCCAUCGCCUGUAGAUCAGAUGAGGCAGAUCAUCGACAAGCAUCACUUCGAAGUUGGCUCCAAGACGUGGGUGGGGGUGACUCAUGUAAAUAACCCUCAGAGCUUUUUUGUCCGUAUACGGAUUUUGGACCCGCACAUGGCCGUUGUGGAACAACGCGGAACUCCAAUUGACCCUAUAGGCAUAUAUCCUCAAGUAAAAAUUUUGUACAAGUCUCGAAUAGAAAAUAAAUAUGUAAGGGGGAAGGUUUUCUUUAUUGAUGGCACUGAACAAGACAUGAAGUGCGAUAUUUUCGCAAUUGACUAUGGGUUUUUUGAGAAAGACAUUCCUAUCAAUGAAAUAUGUACAAUCGGUAACAGCAGGGAUCACGAGAUCCCACCAUUAGCUGUUCACUGUCAAUUGGCAAACUGUUUUCCGUUUCGAGGUAAAUGGUGUAAAGAUGCCACACCGUCCCUAAAAUAUUAUCUUGGCAAAGAAAGAGCCUUGUUGACUGUUAGAGAGAAGAGAUCUGACAUAUGUGUGGUGGAGCUGCAGAACUCAUGCCCUGAUGAAUUGUCAAAGAUGAUGGCGUACGCGGGAUGCUCACACUAUGGUUAUGCUGAUAAUGCUGUAACUAGAUUCAAUGCACCCCAAGGAGAGAAGAAUUUUUUCAUUCAUAAAGACUUGAAGGUUGGAGAUAAUCUACAUGUGAGAGUUCAAUCGGGGAAUAGCCUGUCUGGUUUCUUUGUAGCCGAUAAAAAGGAUUACAAUGUGUAUUUAAAUCAAAGAGUAAAUUUCUCAUACUUUUCUGAUCGAUUACAACCAUUACCCAUUGGCGAAAUGAAUGUCGGCAAACAUGUCGCUGUUUUUAUGCACUCAACCUGCAAAUACGAGAGGGGAAUCAUUAGAGAAAUAUUAGGGGAAGAAAAGGCGCGAGUCCAACUCGUUGACUGGGGUGACACAGUUGACGUGCACUUGAUUUUGUUGAGACCUAUGUCUAGUAGGUUUUAUUACUAUCCGGUGACCGCCAUUUAUUGCGCCAUGGUGGACCAGCCUUUGCCCGCUGCGAUUUCAAGAUUAUUAUUGGGAACUGAAUUUGUAAUUACAGUUGUAAAGGUUGGCGACCAGUUCAAUAUUCCCCACCAGGUGACAGCAAAAGUGAUAAAAAAUUAUUGAACUACGACUACAUCCAGUUGUACUGAAAAUGUCAUGACGUUUAAAAAACUAUAAUACGUAUAAAAUAAGUAUUAUCGUUUUUUAUACAUUAACCAUAAAGGCACUGUAAAGGCUGCUAAAAGAAUGACUUCAUGUUUGCAUUUAAUGCGUGAAGUCGUAAUCAACUUCACGCAGCCGAGACACGCAACUUCACGCAGUCGAUCUCGGCUA